AUGCCCACAUCAGGGGAGUCGAACAAUUCGAACAGAGGAAGCCAUUUUCAUUUCACUUCAGUAUUUCCAAGAACCAAUCAACAGAGCAUUGCUGAGAGUUUAGCAUUAGAGCUUACUAUUUGCAGGACAUUGAGAAUUUCCACAAUUGGGGUCAAGAUAGGGAAUCUGAUUCUUGAUUUGGCUGCUAACAUUUUGAAAGAUGGGAUUAGUUACUUAGCGGCAGAUAGAGUAUCCUCUUCUUUUUCUCGCAUUUAA